AUGCCACUAUAUUUUCUUGAUGCUGCAACAGUCUUCGUACCAAUGAAGGAGAACUUGGUGGGAGAGCUGAAUGAGUCCCCCAUUAGUAGACUGGUGAAAAUAUCGGAUAGCAGGAUGUGGUGCCGAAUGACAUCACAGCACACUAUAGGAGGUCGUGGUGCUGAUGGUAUCGCAAUGUGCCAUAGGGGUGGUGCCACCCAGCAAUUGAGGAGGUGUCGCCUAGCAACUAAGGAGGCCACUCCCCCUUCACAUUUGAAUACACCACAAUCUGAUUUCAAUAUUCUCCUACUUUCAUAUAUUCUUUACUUUCCAUAUUUUUGGGCAACGGUUCUGUGGCUUGGAGAUUCCUAUCAGACUGUGAACGUGCUCAUAGUGGACCUUGAGCUUGUGUAUUGGGGUCGUAUCUUGAAGUCUUGUAUACCGUCACUACCUACACGUAAGGAGGCUACAAAGGCUUUAGUACAGCGUCUUUGA